GUCCAGCAUCACCUGGACAUUAUUCUUCUCAUUAGACAUUAUUAAAUCCUAUUUAGGGAAUAAAAAAAGUAAGUCUUACAUGACUUAUGUUUUAGUCAUAUUCACUGCAAAUUUUACUUUUUCAAUUUCACAUUUUUUAGGGAAAAUUGCGUAUUAAAUUGAAUGGAAUAUAAAUUGCUUUUACUUUUUUUUUCUCACAAAUACUAUCUGAAACUCUCGUAAUACUACCAUCUCUCUACAAUGGAAGCAACGAUCAGAAACCUAUUUGAUUCGGUCGGCAAUAUCUUCUCCGGCGGCGAUCAGAUUCCAUGGUGCGAUUCCGAUAUCGUCACCGGAUGUGAGCGCGAAGUAGCAGAGGCUGAAAAAGGUGCUUCUGAAACUAUCAAAAAUGAAUGCAUUAUGCGCUUAUCUUGGGCUCUUGUUCACUCAAAGCGCCAGGAAGAUCGCCAGCGUGGCAUAGGAAUGCUAGAAGCUUCUUUGGGUGUAAGUAGCACUCCACUGCAAGAGAGGGAAAAGCUAUACCUUCUGGCUGUGGGGUACUACAGAGACGGGAAUUUUUCUAAAAGCAGGCAUAUUGUAGAUCGUUGUUUGGAGAUUGCACCGGAUUGGAGGCAGGCAUUGACCUUGAGGAAGACAAUCGAAGACAAAAUCACGAAAGACGGAGUGAUUGGUAUCGGCAUUGCUGCAACUGCGGUUGGGCUUUUGGCGGGAGGGAUCGUGGCUGCGUUUUCCCGUAAGAAGUGACUUUUGAUCUUGUGAGCAUCCAUCUGGAACCUUCCAGUUUUAAGUGUGCACUGGUCCUUAAUUAGGGCUUCUAAGGAGUAAUGGGGGAUUAUGCAUGCCUUAGUGCAGCAUGUAAUUAAGGAGAUGAGUAAUAAUAAGUACAUACACUCAGGUCCAACUUUACUUGAAUAUACAGUGACUUUUUACAGUGUUUCUUUUAUGGUUGACAUUGUGUCUUUUAUUUUCUGAACAAAAUUUAGUUUAUAUUUUUAAAUGAUUGAUCGAAUGCACAAUAAAAUUGGAGUGGAAAU